CAGCUUUUCAUUUCGCACUCGGAAACAUCUACAAAUCGUUAUUUCGUUGAUAUUAUUGUGAUAUGCAACGUGGUUGGCAUAAUAUGUGCUUGUGAUAAAUGCUUCAUAAGGCAAUUUGUCUGACGCGGUGAUACUUAAAAAUGGCCGAGACUCUUCAAUUAUUUGUCGGGAACAUUGUUCACUGCGAAAAGCCGUAUGAAGUGUCAAGUCUUGAAAAAGGUUUUGUAGCUCUUAAAGGCAACAAGAUAGUUUCCGUCGGCGAUGCAACGAGCUUAGCGAAUUUCAGGGCUACAAUAGAAGUGAAGUAUAAUAUCUUGGAGUACAUUCUAAAGGACUCGCAGGUUUUGAUACCCGGUUUAAUAGACACGCAUGUUCAUGCGUGCCAGUACUCAAAUGUUGGUUUGGGUAUGGACCUAAAAGUAGUCCCGUGGUUAUGGGAGCAUACUUUUCCACUUGAAUUGAAAUGUAAAGAUAUAGAAUACUCGAGAAGAUGUUACGACGCAGUCGUGAAGAAAGCAUUAGAUUAUGGUACCACAACCGCCUCAUACAAUGCAGCAAUUUACACGGAUUCAGCGUUAGUGCUAGCCGAUUCUGUUAUUAAGCAUGGCCAAAGGGCACUUGUUGGCAAAGUUAACCAUACUAGACAAGGUCCAGACUACUACGUUGAAACACAUAAGGAAUUCAUAGAUGAAACGAGAAGAUUCAUUGAAGAAAUUCAGAAGAAAAAGAGUAGUUUAGUGCAAGCUAUAAUUACACCAAGAUCUCCAACAUGCUCGGAUUUAGAGAAUAUGGAAUUACUUAUUGGAUUAGGAAAGGAAUUUGGUUUAAGAGUGCAGACUCACUUAAAAGAAAGCUUGGAGGGAUUCAAGGUUUUCACAACCCCGCCUGUCAAGAACCCGAAUUGCAAAACUAAAAUAUUUCCUAAAAAGACUAUCUAUGCCCAUUGUGUUCACCUGAGCGAGGAAGAAAUACAAGCACUAGUUAAUAGCGAGUCAACCGUUUCACACUGUCCAAACUCCAAUGUUAAUCUUCGAUCGGGAAUUUGUGAUGUGCGGGCGUUGAUAAAAGCUGGUAUACACGUUGGAUUGGGGACAGAUGUAUCUGGCGGUUGUUCACUAUCAUUAAUGAAUGCGAUGAGAUAUGCUGUGGCAUGUUCGAAUUUUCUCUCAUUUGGAAAAGACAAUUACGAACCAAUAGGCUGGCGCGAUGCAUUCUACAUGGCAACGCUAGGUGGUGCAAAAGUGCUAGAUCUGGAUAAGGAAAUUGGAAAUUUUGAAGUGGGCAAGGAGUUUGAUGCGGUAAUUAUCGAUAUGAAUGUUAAGGAUGGCCCGAUAGACUACCUUGAAGAUUGUUCCGCUUUAGAAACGUUACAAAAAUUCAUAUACGCAGGCGAUGACCGUAAUGUAGUAUCUGUGUACGUCGCAGGAAGAAAAGUUAAAUAGACUUUUUUACGUGUAAAGAACAAACUACCUUACUACCUAUAACGUACGUUUAUUAAAAAAAAUAUGAUAUUUUGCUCCCACCUUCA